ACCACCUUGGCCCAAGGCUUUUGGCACACUGAGCUUCUGCCGCGAACAAUCGGCCUCUGUUGCUCCACUCCUGCCGCGAUGAACCGCGUGCUGCUCUCAGCAUUCGCCGUCCUACUCGCCAGCCGUGGCUGCAUCGCCAGCGGUGAGACCACCACCAUGGAGGACCGCCGCCUGCUGGAGACCACCACGGCCGACGGUGACCCACCCGACGUCACAGGCGCGGCGGCCCGUAGCGGCGGCCUCGGCACCAUGCUCCUGGCGCUCUUGUCCACGACCAUGGCCAACGAGCGCCGCCUGCUGGAGACCACUACGGCCGACGGCGACCCACCCGACGUCACAGGCGCGGCGGCCCGUAGCGGCGGCCUUGGCACCAUGCUCCUGGCGCUCCUCACCUUCUUGUCGGUGGGCCACGCGGCUGGUGCCGCGGUGGACGAGUCCACGACCAUGGCCAACGAGCGCCGCUUGCUGGAGACCACUACGGCCGACGGCGACCCACCCGACGUCACAGGCGCGGCACCCCGCUCGGCGGUCCAGACGGCGCCGGCCUUGGCCCUUGCUGCGGCGCUCGGUCUUGCAGCCCGGCGCUGA